AUGGCUGUAUGUGUAGGAACAGAAGAGAAGCACAAGACGAAGAAGGAAAAGAUGGAAGCAAAAGUAACAGAGCUUAGCAAAAUGUCAGAGGAGAUGGUGGUGCCAAUUCUAUCAAGGUUGUCUCCCAAAUCUCUGAUGCGAUUCAAGUGCGUACACAAGUCGUGGUAUAAUAUGAUCAACAAUCCCAGCUUCGUAGACAAGCACAUUAUGACCUGCAAGCGCAACAACCACUCCACAUCCAUCCUUUGCAAGCGUUUUAUCCUCAGGGAUGUCAGCACUGAAGAGAAGGAAAUUGUAUACUCAUUGAUUACUUUUUACAAUGAUAAUUCUGGUGAUGAGCAUAUCACUGUCGAGGACAUUGACAUUCCGAUUUCUAUGGGUAUAACGACGAGAGGCCAAUUUGUUGGCGAUGAGCUUCAAGGAGUAUUACAUAUUGAUAGAGGGCAUUGUCAUGGGAUUAUUUGUCUCUCUGAUCCUUGGAAAAUUAUUUUAUGGAAUCCAGCAAUCAAAGAAUUCAAGGUUCUUCCUCAGUCAUGCAUUCCGGAUGCGAACUUUAAUUCUGUAGGAUUAGGGUAUGACCCUAAAUCUAAAGAUUACAAAGUUGUUAGCAUUAGACAAGACGAAAUAGGAAAUGAAGAUGACCGUAUUGUUAUUUAUCCUCCUAGGGUAGAAGUAUAUACAUUGGGAACGAAUUCGUGGAGAGAGAUCAGGACUGAUAUUCUAGAGAGAGAAGUCACAAACUUUUGGCCGGAAUUCUUCCAAUUGUACUUCAAAGGAAUUUGUUAUUGGAUGGGACGUGAGCAACGAAAGGAAUUUCUCACUCUUUAUGCUAUAGUUGCGGGUGAAGAUGAAUGGGUUCGGUACGUGAUCAUUUUCUUUGAUACGACUAAUGAAGUAUUUGAUCACAUACUACUUCCGUAUAGCUUAUACGAACAAGAUGCGCAGUAUUCUGAUAUGCACAUUGUUGUGUGGAAGGAAACUCUCGCUCUUUUUGGCUUGUACCGAAUCGGUGGUACAGAUGCAUAUGGAUUAUGGGUAAUGGAUAAUUUGGGUAGCGGUAAGGUUUCCUGGACAAAACAGGUAACCUUAGAAGCUGUAGUGGGAAUCAAGAAGGAUUUGGAAUUCUGGAACAGUGAUGAAAUUCUUAUGAUCGCCACAGAUGGCCGUAUAGCUUCAUACAACAUUAGUACCAAAAAGAUCAAUUAUCUUUCCAUUGAAAGUAUGUAUCCAGAGAACACUGAAGCCGUUGAUGGAGGUUCUGUUGGAAAUUAUACAAACUUCUCGUUGUUUUCCAUAGCAAUUGACCAACCUUAG